GGUUGUCAUAAGUUUUGAUUAAACAAACUGUGAUAACUUUUAACGCUUGAAGUCAUGUAUCUCCAUAGACAUGAUCAUUGUUGGUGUGUUAUUAUUUCUGCCUCUGUGUACAUAUGUCUCAACAAACAUCCAAUCACAGGAUAUAUCGGAAGUUGACCAUUUGGUAAAACAAUGGUCGCCAUUAAUAUGGAUGUCACCUGAUGAGAAAUAUAUGCCUCUAGGUGUGGAGGAAUUUUUAAAUUAUGUCCACAUCGCGGAUGAAAAUGGGAAAAAAAUACAAAACACCUACAGCGGAAUGUUUUCUAAGCACAACUCGAAAACCUACUAUCUAGUCACUCAUAGAUCAUUAGACGAACUGAAAAGUGAUAAUACAUCAUUCUUACAUGGAAAAAAUCCAAAGGUGCACUCAAUUCCUGUUUACGCUAUAGUGAAUUACUGUUCUCCUUUAAAUAGUUUUCAUACAACUGAUAAAACUACUAUAGCAAGUGAUAUUAAUGCAAUUUAUAGAAGGAAUAAACACAAAUAUUAUUUCCAUGUUAGCUACUGGAUUUUUUUUCCGUACAAUGAAGGAAAGGAAGUAUGUUUUUUAGGAAGAGUUCCAGCUCCCAGAAUAUUUAACACCUGUUUUGGCAAUAUGAAAACAUUGGGCAACCACGUAGGAGAUUGGGAACACAUGAGCUUAUCAUUUGCUGGAAAAAGUGUUCCAGACAAACUCUACUUAGCUGUUCACGAUGCUGGUGUUUAUUAUCAAUACGACGAGAAGAGAAGGUAUUUUAAAUAUGAAUCGAAGAUAAUUCGAAGAGGAGUGGCGCAAGUGCCGAAAUUUCCUCAAAUUGUUCGUGCACAAGGCGGACACCCUGUAUUAUUUUCUGCAUAUGGAUCUCACGGGCUAUGGGGGUCACCUGGUGAACACGACUUUAUUAGAGUGCCUAAGCUGACUGAUAGAAACGGAAAUAAAUUUAUCGACGUGGGGUCUCAGCUCUUAGAAGGCCAAAGAAAGGUAGUGUCUUACGAACUGAAAAGUGAUAAUACAUCAUUCUUACAUGGAAAAAAUCCAAAGGUGCACUCAAUUCCUGUUUACGCUAUAGUGAAUUACUGUUCUCCUUUAAAUAGUUUUCAUACAACUGAUAAAACUACUAUAGCAAGUGAUAUUAAUGCAAUUUAUAGAAGGAAUAAACACAAAUAUUAUUUCCAUGUUAGCUACUGGAUUUUUUUUCCGUACAAUGAAGGAAAGGAAGUAUGUUUUUUAGGAAGAGUUCCAGCUCCCAGAAUAUUUAACACCUGUUUUGGCAAUAUGAAAACAUUGGGCAACCACGUAGGAGAUUGGGAACACAUGAGCUUAUCAUUUGCUGGAAAAAGUGUUCCAGACAAACUCUACUUAGCUGUUCACGAUGCUGGUGUUUAUUAUCAAUACGACGAGAAGAGAAGGUAUUUUAAAUAUGAAUCGAAGAUAAUUCGAAGAGGAGUGGCGCAAGUGCCGAAAUUUCCUCAAAUUGUUCGUGCACAAGGCGGACACCCUGUAUUAUUUUCUGCAUAUGGAUCUCACGGGCUAUGGGGGUCACCUGGUGAACACGACUUUAUUAGAGUGCCUAAGCUGACUGAUAGAAACGGGUAUGGAAUUCCUUGGAAAACUUGGAAUAAUAUUAAGACAUUCCAUCUAGGAAGGACUCAUCUCCCUUCUUGGAUGACUUUUAAAGGGAAAUGGGGAAAUCCAAAAAGUAACUGUUUACUUUUCAAAAAAUUAGGAGUUUGUGAAUACACUGAUGGACCUAUGGGGUUGCUACGAGCAAAACAAGAUUUCUACUGUUGGCCUAAAUGAUAGUUAUUUUGUUAUGUAAAUAAAAGAUACGCUGAAAUAUCUGAACUUAAAAUUAUUAA